UUCAGAUAUUGUUUUCUGUCACAUACAAAUACGUAAGACACAUGUUCAAAAAUAAUGAAAACACUGUGGAAACAUUACAUAGAUGUAUUAAAAAUGUCUCUUUGAUGGCUGAGGUUGUGGAACAGUUUAAAACUGCUUGCAAAUGAAGGAACUCCUUGUUGGAAUAUGUUUAAAUCAGAAGGAAUAAAAUAAACGAACAGUAAACUCUUUGUGUAAUAAACUGAGUCUGGCAUCACUCGUGUUCAAACGCUCCAAUAAAGUAAAAUUUGUCGUUCAAACGCAGUAAUAAAUUUUACUGCCUCAAUUUCCACAACAUUGUUUUAUCAACAACCUCUUAAGUGGGAAAACUGGGUUAAGACUGGCUUGGUUUCAAUUACAGUGUGUGUGUGUGUGUGUGUGUGUGUGUGAGAUCAUAAAAGUUCAGAGUCUCUUCAUGUCUAAACUACUAACAGUGACUUUUUAAUCUUUACUACAGAUUUAUUGUUAUAGAUAAGCUUUUAGAAAAUGUAACAUCGAAUGCACUUAUUGUUAUUAUUAUUAUUAUUAAAAAGGGGGAUGAAAGAGGAGAGAAAGUGUGACGCGUUAGCUGGUGAAAGAUAAAGAGGUUACUGGAGGAAGGAGGGGAGAAGAGGAUGAAGGGGAAAUGAAUAGGAAAGAAAAGUGGGGAGGGGGUGAGAGUGGGGGCGUGCGAGCAUUUACAGCUAUCAGAGAGAGAGAGAGAGAGAGAGAGAGAGAGUAAAACCUCAGCUCCGUCAGUUGCACUUCAUUAGCGUUGUCCUGACUAAGCGGAGUGCACUCUUCUUCUUCUCUUGUUUACACUGAAGUGAAGUUUGGAAGGAUUUAAUUUAAAUCACAGAAGGAGACGAAAACACAAACAGCAUCUGAGAACCACCAACAGCUUCUCUAGAACCUCUAGAACCUCUGGAGCCGCUAGAACUCGCUCCAACACUGAUUCUGGAGCUACAGCAGUGGGGUUUCAGAAAGGGAAUCACAGAGGGUUCUUGAAUCACAGAGGGUUCUGGGAUCACAGAGGGUUCUAGGAUCACAGAGGGUUCUAGGAUCACAGAGGGUUCUUGACGUGGUGGGUUCAGGAUCUGCUUCAGGAGUCGCAGCAGGCUGCAGGAUGGUUUCUGGGGUCAAAGCAGCAGAUUCAGAAAAGGGUUCUAGACUGGGAUCCAGAUUGGGUUCCGGUUCUACAUCCAUGCCAGGGAUGUUUACCGUGCUGCCGGUCGUCUGGUGUUUGGUGUUUGCCUCUCCGGUCGGUUGCCGCGGUAACUUCUCGUCAGAUCAGAUGAUGUCGGACCUGCCCGACCUCCUCAGCACCGUUCCACCUGGAGUGGACUAUCGUAUCCGCACCUCAGACCGAGAGCCACAUCCGGCGCAACAGACUGUGAACAAGCCGCUGUCGCCUCUGGAGCACGGACUGGGGAAGCUGAAACACUCCAGCAAGUUGAAACACAAACAUGAAAGAAAUCCUCCCUCGUCUUCCUCCAACUCAUCUCUGGCAGUUCACAAGCGCCUGGCGCCGCCCCCUAGCUGCGUUCACGAGACAUCGAUAAAAACCGCCUUCAAGUACAUCAACACGGUCAUGUCCUGCGUGAUCUUUGCUGUGGGGAUCAUUGGAAACGCCACCCUGCUGAGGAUUAUCUACCAAAAUAAAAGCAUGAGGAAUGGACCGAAUGCUCUCAUAGCCAGCUUGGCCCUGGGAGACCUGAUAUACAUCGCCAUUGACAUACCAAUCAACGUCUACAAGCUCCUGGCGAUGCGGUGGCCGUUUGCCGACAGUGCAUUUGGUCUGUUCCUCUGCAAGCUGUUCCCCUUCCUGCAGAAAGCGUCAGUCGGCAUCACCGUCCUCAAUCUGUGUGCGCUAAGUGUCGACAGGUAUCGCGCAGUGGCGUCCUGGUCUCGGAUACAGGGCACAGGCGUUCCCACGGUAACGGCGGUGGAAAUCGUGGUGAUCUGGCUGCUGUCCAUGGUGCUGGCUGUGCCGGAGGCCAUCGGCUUCAACAUGGUCACCUUCGAAUACAAGAACAUGACCAUGAAGACCUGCAUGUUGCAGCCCAACACGGCUUUCAUGACUUUCUACCGGGACGCGAAGGACUGGUGGCUGUUCAGCUUCUACUUCUGCGUCCCUCUGGCCUGCUCCGCUGUUUUCUACGGCCUGAUGACCUGCGAGAUGCUCCGACACCAGAAAGGAAGUCUGAGGAUCUCGCUGAGUGAACACCUGAAACAGCGUAGAGAAGUAGCGAAAGCCGUGUUCUGCCUGGUGCUGAUCUUUGCUCUGUGCUGGUUUCCGCUGCAUCUGAGUCGCCUGCUGAAGAGGACCAUCUACAAAUCCCAUGAUGCACGGCGGUGCGGCUUAUUAAAUUUCCUGUUGGUGCUUGACUACUUCAGUAUCAACAUGGCGACCAUCAAUUCCUGCAUCAAUCCCAUAAUCCUCUUCUUCGUCUCCAAGAAGUUCAAGAACUGCUUCAAGUCCUGUCUGUGUUGCUGGUGUUAUUCUGGCUCUUUCUCUAACAGUAUGCUGCCGCUCCAUCAUGGGACGAGUCUGCAGUACAAACACACUGACCACUGAGAGAGAGAGAGGAGAGAGAGAGAGAGAGAGGAUGUCUCCAGCAUCGUCUGCAGCGUCGCAUCAUCACCUCAACGACACCUGCACACUGUGACUCCGUCUAUAGACCAGUCCUCUAAUCUGUAGUUUUGACCUUUUUAUAAUGUAUUUAUUCUGUUCUAAAUAUUAUAUUUCAUUACAGGCUGAUUAAUCUAAGGUGAUAUAUUAUACACUAUAUGGCCAAAAGUGUGUGGACACCUCUAUCACAAAUCUCUGCAGCCUGGUUCAGAAAUACUGAGAAGACUGAAACCAGCAGAAUCACAUCUGUGUGUGACGUUCACGUCCACUUACUUCUGGCCAUGUGGUGUAUUUAUCAUUAUGUUUUAUAUGUAGAAUAUUCCACUGCAACUCUGCCUGUAAAGGAUGAUGUCUGAGGUUUAAAAACACACUAGCGGCCCCCAGAGGCCGAACUGUUGCAUUACACCCACAACAUGAAGCAGCUGACUGAACAAAUAAACUGAUGUGUUGAUGAUUUUACUGUUGGAGCCACGAGAAGGACUAAAAAAUAUAAAAUAUGUCUAUGCUAAAGGAAGCGUCAGACAGCUGCCAACAACUGGAUUCAUCUUCUGUUUUUAUUUUUAUUAAAAUAUACAUUACUAUUUAUCAAUAAAUCUAUAUUCUCAAAGCUUAAAGUCCCUGUGUGUGUGUGUGUGUGUGUGUGUGUGUGUGUACUACAUGCCUGCUUUGACUAAUUUUCCACGACACUGCCCACAGAGCUGCUGUAAACACAUGAAGAGUCAUAUGGCUCCCAGCUGAAGCUCCGCCCACUCCACACCAGCACACUUUGAGCUACAUGCUAAUGUUAGCAUGUUAGCAUGCUGAUGUUUAGCAGGGACACUGUUAGCUUACAGCUGAGGCCGAUGGGAGUCUCAUUAGCUCUGCAGCUCUUUGGUUAUAAAAGCAGCAGAUGAAUGAUGAAAAGAUAAAGAAAGGCUCUUGGAUCCAGGUGUUUAAUGUGCACCAGGGAAAGUCUCUAUGGUCCAGUUAUGUUAAAGAGUCUCUUUACAGUAAUAAUGCAGGUGUGUCAGCAUCUGCAUACACGUGACAGUGACUAAUAACUAUAACAUCUGUAGAAUAUGAAAGCAGCAGUAAGACUGUCUGACGGUUUCAGUUUCUGAUCAGCUGAGAAACAAAAUGUUGAUUUUCCAUCUAUAAAUGAAACUUUUCUCUUAGUUGUGAAGUUUAAAGUCAGCUGUUAGUUGUGAUAUGUUCCAAUAUCCCAGUCUUUGAGAUGAAGACUGAUCGAUUGGAUCUAUUACCCUCCAACCCUUGAUUUGUUUUACUAUACAGCUCUGGUUGCUAUGGUUUCCUAUUCCUUUCUCCUGACUCUGUAAAACAGAUGGAUAUAACAGAUACAGAUAAUAUAACUGUGACUGUUGAGUAAAUAAAUGUUAUAAUAAUAAUAAUAAUAAUAAUAAUAAU